AUGGAAUACGUUUUUGUUGAUGACUUACACCGAUACAAGCGUUUAAAAGUCACACGUGCAUGCGAGUCAUGUCGUCGUAGAAAAGUUAAAUGCGACGGAGGAUCCGGAGGCACCCAAACUCCAUGUUCAAGUUGUCGUAAAUUAAAAAUUCUAUGUGUCUUUUCAAAUAUGACCGUAAAGAGGACAACUCCGAAGACUGAACAAGAACAAAUGGACGAAAAAUUACAACGAUCCGAAAGUCUAUUACAAAAACUUGAUGAUUGUGAUAUUAAAUCAAGAAAAGUAAAUGGCGUCGGUUAUGUUGACUUGCUUACUGAUGUAUUGGGCCAUAUGAAAAUAGAAUGUAACGGUCGAGCAAGUUAUAUUUACUCGAUGGAAGGUAAAAUGAUGGAAGAAGGUGGAUCACCAGAAUUACUUCUUCUCACCGAACCACCAUUACCUUAUCAUUAUCCUCUUUCUUCUACUGGAAAUCCCACUCCUGAAAUGGCUUCCCAUUUGAUCAAUCUCUAUUUUAUCCAUGUUCAUCCCUAUAUUCCCAUUCUCCAUAAGGAUAACUUUCUAAGGCGUCUUAAUGAUAAGAGUAAUCCAAUUUCACCGUUAUUAUUAUACACUGUAUUUGCCUUGGGUGCAAAAUAUGUCAAUGAUCCAAGUGUUUGUCUUGAUCCCACCAAAUCAGAGACAGCUGGUAUCCCUUUUUACAGAAAAGCCAAGGAUCUUCUAGACGAUUUCUUAGAUGUUCCUAGAUUAUCUACAAUACAAGCUCAAAUAUUACUUUUAAAAUUUCAAGAAGGUAUCCGAAGACCUGGCUUCUUUUUUAGAAGUUGGUUAUGCUUUGGAACAAUAAUUAGAAUGGCUCAAGAUUUAGGUUUAGACAAAAACUUUGAUAAAUGGGAUUUGCGUAUUUCUAAAGAAGACAAAAUUGUUAGAAAACGUAUAUGGCAAGUUUGCUUUCUGUGUGAUCAAUUCAUGAGUGGUGCACAAGGAAGAGAAAUUGCCAUAACAUUAUCAAAUACAGAUAUAGAACUUCCAAAAAAAGAAGAUUAUGGAGAUGCACAAGAAUUACAGAUACAAACAGAUUUUGUUCAUAUUGUACGUUUGACUAAAAUUCUUUCUAGUGUAAUGCCAGUAAUCUCACCAGCAGGUUCUUCCGGUACUUGGUCAUCAAAUCCAAAAUUACAUAUUUUGGAUACUGUUUUGGAUGCUUGGUUACAGGCUUUACCACCAAGAUUAAGAUGUCAAUUACCAACUGACAAUAAUAGUGGAACUUUACCUCAACCUCCGUCAUCACAUUUUGCUGGAUUUCUUAAUAUUUUAUAUCACACAAUAAUCAUAUUACUACAUAGACCUUAUUUAGCAGAUUCAGGAAAAGUAAGUCAACAGAAUCCGAAUCACUUGAAUAUAUGUACGGUAGCAGCCAAUAGUAUAUCACAAAUUACCCAAGUGAUGCUUGAACAAUGGGGAGCAAAUGUAUUUCAAUAUCCAAUUCGGGGAGGAAAUUAUGGAACUUAUUGUUUAGUGGCAGCAUCAAUGAUCCAUUUAGUUAACAUGUCAUCAAAUGAUUUAAGAUUCUCACAGCCAGCUCAUGAUUAUUUAUCAUCAACUUUAAGUGUUUUAAAAGUUUGUGUUGAACAAAGUGCGGCAUGGGAAUUACGAGAUAAAGUACAAGGAUUGGAAAUAGCAUUCACAACACAAAGGGCACGUCAAUCAUUUGGAUUAUUGUUUCAUCCGGGAUCACCUAAUGAUACAAAUGGUGGACAAAUGAAUAAUCUGAAUAACCGACGACGACCACCCAUGCCAAGACGAAGAGCUACUACACCAAAUACACAAUCACAACAACAAUCACCAGGAUUAACAACAGUUACCGAAGUUAAUCAACAAAUGUUAUCAAGCAGUUUGCCAGAUAAUUUUACACAAUUUCCGCGAUCAUCACCACAUUUCCAAGAGAGACCAUUGUAUAUAAUAACAGAAAAUUCUGCAUCAGGUCAUCAAACACCAGAACAAGGAUCCCCUUAUUCUCAUGGAUCACCUGUUGGAUCGGUAGUUGACCCGGUGAUCGUAGCAUCACAAAAUCACGAUGAUAUGAUGUUGGCUACAAAUAAUACAUGCUAA